CAAAAACGCGCAAUUGAAAAUCAGAGGAACAGAACGAACAAAAAGAGCGACGUCAAAAUUAGAAAAUCAUGACAUUUUGCCACCACAUUUAUCGCAUUAUUACUAUUACCAUGGCUGCGUUUUUGGUCUCUUGAUUCUGAGCGUCCCUUACACGUUUCAUUUACAUUUAUUCAUCUGACGCAUUUACAGUGUGUAACGCGGUACUUUCAAUAAUUUUGCCAUUUCAGCAGCAGGGUCCUUUUUACUGGGUAAAUUCAGGCAAAGGUGAAGAGUGUCGCGCGAACAAACGAGCCGACGGGAUGCGCGCGGAAGGACGAUUCUCCUUGGCAACGGUUGCUAACAACAGAUGAGGACGAACUCUGCGAAUUGAAGCGCUCGCCGUCUGUGGCCCCAAGUAAGAUCGAUCAUCAUGCCUCGAGGGCGGUCAGCCAGGAGCAUCCAUUCCGACAGCAGUGAGACUGACCUUGACAAUAUUGCCGAGUUGGAGAUGACCAAAUUACAGAGGCAGUUUCGGAUCAUGGAGGGAGACCGGCAGGCGUACACCAUACAGGCACAAGAGCAAAUCCGCACUCAGCGUCUGGAGAUAGAUAGGCUCCAGGAGGAGCAGGAGGAGCUGCAGUGCAGACUACAAGUCUCCCAGAGCCACUCCCACCAACAGCAAGAUGUGGACACUGUACAAGCCAUGCGCCGCCUGCUCAACCAGCAGGAUGAGGUCCAUGAGCAGCUGGAGAGCCAGAAGGAGAGCCUCGUUCACCUGGAGCAAGAGAUUCUCAGCAUGGAGAAGAAGCUGGCGGGCUUAAGGAGGACAAGAACCUCUGUGAACCUGAAACAGAAGUCUGAGGCCUCUGAGAAGAAGAAGGCUACCCGCACGCUGGAGAAUAAGCUGGACCGUACCCUCGUUCGAUUUAACGAGCAGCUGACCAAGAAUGCACAGCUGAGGGCUGACCUGGAGACGCUGCGGCUCGAACGAGUCCGUUUCCAGCAGCUCCAGCGUAAAUUGGACAAGGAGCUGCAGGCGGUCCACAGGGACAUUAGGGAUACGAUCAACCGGUCCACUGUCGCUUAUGAUGUCAGGGUGGAGGCUCAGUCCAAGAUGGCGCUGCUAAAGGAGAAGGCAGUGAAGGACUUGGCUCAGUACAGUGCAGAAAUGAAAGAGCUGGAGAGGAUUAUCGCACACGAGCAGCAUCUCAAAGACUUCAUGAGCACCAAGAGCAGUGACAGGAGCGGCCAUGGAGGCAGCUUGGAUCCUACACAUAGCCAAGAGCCAGAAGAGAGGGACCACAAGAGAACGGAAAAAGGGGAGGACAUGGUGGACUCUCUGGAAGAGGUAUUUCACAGGAUCCAAAGUAUGACUGGAGAGGAGGAUCUGGACCUGCUUGUCUCCAAGUUCAUCCAGACUGAGGAACAGAACUUUGCACUGUUCAACUACGUGAACGAGCAAAACAACGAGGCUGAGUCUCUGAAGGACCAAAUCAAGCAGGUUCAGCAGGAGAUGGGCCAGUUCCAAGCAGAAGAGGAAAGCCAGGAGGCAAGGCAUUGCAGCCUUCUGACAGACAUUGACACGCAGCAGCGCAAAACCGAGGUCCGAGUGCAGAGCUAUGAGAGCCAGGCAACAGAAGCCAGCAAGAUCUUGGACCAGAUUAAGACAGGAGUGGGACGGAUGUUCCAUAAGCUGGAGUGUGACUUCUCUGUACUUGAAGAUAUGCUGGGCUCUUCCACAGAGAUCAGGGAGAGUAAUAUCAUGACCUACCUGAGCCUCGUAGAGAACAGGACCAAUGAUCUCCUCAGCAUGCAGGUCUUCCUCAACUCCAAGAACCUUGGUAACAACUACGAUGAAAAAGAUGUGCCGUGGUUCCUGUUGAGUCAGAGUCUUGACAUUCAGCCGGAGAAUUUAUUGAUUCAACCACCAUCUGCUGGGGAUGACAUUGAGACAGAGGCUUCUCUUGUCACCGAUGAAGAUGACAGGCCUCUGACACAGAAAGAGCUCCGCCAGCGAAUCCUGACAGAGGUCCUACAGAAGGAGGCGGCUGCUUGCUCAGCCGGAGAGACAGAUGAUAAAGACUCAACAAUCAACAUGGUCUCCAGCCAACAACGCCGCUUCCAGGACUUAAGUCUGGAUGUGUCACCUUCCCUUCUCUGAGAACAGGUUAUUUCAUUGCCCUUGGACAGUCCCAGAGUGAGCGCAGGUGACCAUACGCCGCACACUGUAGGUUCAUGGGCAUUUGUCGUUUUUCCGUUCUUACGGCAACAGGCCACAUUGUCUGCCAUUUUCCAAAAAAGUAGACAUUUAGGAAGCACUCACAUGGUAUCCAGUGCAAUGCGGUGCCGUGGCAGUAGGUGGAGAUGUGGUCUUUCACUUGUUUUUGCAGCCAAUUUCAGUGCUGUACUGUAUGUAUUCUUUAAUAAUUAACACAUUGCGUGCAAUAACUAACAUUUCUGAAAUUCUAGUUUCACAAAUAUAAAUCACUGUUCCAGGCUUUCAGUAACUGAUUUUAAGAAUAUAUGAUUCAGACUUAGGAAUUAAUUUUAAGUAACUCAUAUAUA